AUGGUCUCACCAAAUUUUGAUAUUCAAAUGCCAUGGUAUUUAAAGCAAGAGGUUCCCGAAAUUGUCGACAAAUUCAGGUUUAUUCAACAACAAGAAGACCUGAGACUUCGAGAUGCGACUAUGUAUCCGGAAGAAUCUCGAUGGAGUCUGGGGGUUUCGGUAGAUGAAAAAAAUGAUUGCCGCAAUAGAUACGUGAAUAUUAUGCCCUAUGAAAGAAAUCGGGUUAGGUUACAAGUCCAAGAAGGCAGUGACUACAUUAAUGCGUCGUAUAUUAAAGUCUCGGUACCGACGCAGUCGUUAAGACCAGGCCAUUAUAUUGCCACGCAGGGCCCGACUAAACGGACAUGGCAACAAUUUUGGCAAAUGUGUUACCAGAUAUGUCCUCAGGACGACGUUGUCGUAGUAAUGGUAACACCUUUAGUCGAAGCCGGGCGUGAGAAAUGUUUCAAAUAUUGGCCCUCGAAUGAGACGAAACUGCACGUCGCUCGUCAACAAGAUGUAGGUGACGCGGAUCUCGAGAAAUCCACGUUUCCCAGUGCUUUGGACGUCUCGUUCGAAAGUGUCACGCAAGAAGAUCAUUACGUUGUCACGAGAUUACGACUGACUCCAGAGAUGCCGAAUCUUGCUCCAAAGACUGUGCAUCAUUUUUAUUUUGAUCAAUGGAAAGACAUGUCGAAACCAGACGAGAUUUUACCCAUAUUGAAACUCUCACGACACUCGCACAGCGUCAACGGUGCUCAAAAUCCAAUUAUAGUACAUUGUUCCGCCGGUGUGGGCAGAACCGGUACUUUCAUCACGCUCGAUCAUCUGUUUCACGAUACCUAUGAUUUUACGCAAAGCUCCCCGCUCCAGGGCUACAAACACGAUCUUAUAGAACAGAUAAUCUUGCAAUUGCGUACUCAACGCCUGAAAAUGGUCCAAAUGAUUGACCAAUACAUAUUUAUAUACAACGCGGCUCGUUGGCUGUUCCAAAUGGAGCAUCCGUCUUGA